CUCUAACAUGUUCUGGAGAAGAACAUUACCUUUAAUACCUUAAAAUAAUUAUGUAUUGUCCCCUCAAGAAACAUGAAACCUUAAGAUUCUAGAAAAUAAAUAAAUAAAUAAAAUAAAAGAGUUGUUUCGUGUUUUCUAUGUUCUUUCUUUUUAAGUCGGAUUCUCUUCUUCCUCACAGUAACCGAGCUCACAUAUCAGGAAAACAGAGAACGUGAGCAACAUGCACAAAGAAAACACCGGUGAUGCUCCAUCAGCACAUACCCCUCGUGUUCGUCAUCACCGCAAGCGAAACACUGAUGUUGUUGCAGGAGCAGGCAAACCAAACGGAAGUCAUUUACUUGUCAAUGAUAGUAGCAAAUACAAAUCUUUCCUCGUUCGAGCAUACUCCACUGUCUGGAUGAUUGGUGGUUUUGCUCUAAUAGUUUACCUUGGUCAUCUCUACAUCACAGCCAUGGUGGUCGUUAUCCAGAUAUUCAUGGCAAGAGAACUUUUCAACUUGCUAAGAAAAACACAUGAAGAUAAACAGCUCCCCGGUUUUAGAUUACUCAAUUGGCACUUCUUUUUCACAGCAAUGCUUUUUGUAUAUGGUCGAAUACUUAGUCAACGGCUAGUCAACACUGUGACUCCAGACAAAGUCCUGUAUAGGCUGGUCACCAGUCUCAUCAAAUACCACAUGGCAAUCUGUUACUCCUUGUACAUAUCCGGCUUUGUGUGGUUCAUCCUGACGUUAAAAAAGAAGAUGUACAAAUAUCAGUUUAGCCAAUAUGCAUGGACGCACAUGAUCUUGAUUGUGGUGUUUACUCAAUCCUCAUUCACCGUGGCCAACAUCUUUGAAGGAAUCUUCUGGUUUCUUCUUCCUGCAUCACUUAUCGUCAUCAACGACAUCUUUGCGUAUAUCUGUGGUUUCUUUUUUGGAAGAACACCGUUGAUCAAGCUAUCACCAAAGAAAACGUGGGAAGGUUUCAUCGGAGCUUCUAUCACCACAAUGAUCUCUGCAUUCCUGCUUGCAGAUAUAAUGGGACGUUUUCUAUGGCUUACAUGUCCCAGAGAGGACCUAUCCACGGGCUGGCUCCAAUGUGAUCCGGGUCCUUUGUUCAAGCAAGAGACACAUGCUUUACCAGGAUGGAUCUCUAAUUGGUUGCCUUGGAAAGAAAUUUAUGUUCUACCAGUUCAGUGGCAUGCUCUAUGUCUUGGAUUAUUUGCGUCUAUAAUAGCUCCUUUUGGUGGCUUCUUUGCCAGUGGUUUCAAAAGAGCUUUCAAAGUCAAGGACUUUGGUGAUAGUAUUCCCGGGCAUGGUGGAAUCACAGAUAGAAUGGACUGUCAGAUGGUGAUGGCUGUUUUUGCAUAUAUCUACCAUCAAUCCUUUGUUGUACCAGAAAGCCUCUCUGUGGAUAAGCUCUUAGACCAGAUAAUCACAAACCUGACAUUGGAGGAACAACAAGCUCUGUUCAUGAAGCUUGGCCAAGUGUUGCAGGAAAAGGUUAUUGGAUCUUAGAUCAUCAUCACAGGCCUUCACUCUACCUACCAUGUUAUAUUCUAUGCGUGUCACACAAAGCAAUAGAUUCAUAAGUUUGUUGUGUUUCUCGUUUUGAGCUACACCUUGGGUUUUAGCCUCUGUAUAUAGUAAGAAGAAUGUAAGAUGAUGUAUGACACAAGAAACAGAGAACACAAGAGCGUUUCAGCAAGUUAAAAAAUCAAUUCUUCUUAAGAUCA